AUGAAUUAACCAAAAACAGAUUUAUUAUCUGUCACGCCAAGAAUUCUAUCUAGUCGUAAUAGUUAACCUAAUGAAUAGUUAUUAGAUGAAGCUGGCAGAAAACCUUCUAUUCUUUUCACUAAAUUAGAUAAAAUUUAGAUUUCAAAUGAACCUAGUGAUAGUGUUCAAUCGAAUGAAUCAGACGAAAUUCCAAUAAAGUUUACUCAAGGAUUCAAAAAUAAAGUUUGGAAAGAAAGAGCUUUGAAUGUUAUAGUGUUAGUAGCGAGAUUUGUUACAUAUUUAUUGACAAACUCAGACAAAUUUAAAUUGAGAUAUUUGGAAUUAAGAUAAUUCAAAGUUAUUGGCGAUCAAGCAGCAGACUAUAAUUAUUAUUUGAACAAGCGAUUAAUUCGAGCCAAAACAAAGAAGCAAUUUUGCGUAAAUAUGGCUAAGUAAUUAUGA